GGUGGAGCCGGGGCUAUGGAGCCGCUGCUGCCGGGCUAGGGAGGGCCGGCGCCGCCGGGCCCGCGGCGAUGGCGGGCUACGCGCGCCGCCCGGGCGUCCCUCCGCUGUCGCGAGCCCGGAGCCUCGUCAUUCCGGACGCUCCAGCGUUCUAUGAGCGCCGGUCUUGUCUCCCCCAGCUAGACUGUGAGCGCCCCCAUGGCAGGGACCUGGACUCCCACUUCUUCGGCAUUCGGCCGACGUUUAUGUGCUAUGUGCCCAGCCCGGUGCUAGCUUCCGUGGGAGACACAGAUUUUGGCUACGGAAAGGGGAAAUGUACUAAGCAAGGUCCUCCUGGAGCCCAAGAGACACAUUUCGGAGGUGAUAAACUUGAAGAUCUUACAGAGGCCAAUCCGUUCUCCUUUAAAGAGUUUCUGAAAACCAAGAACCUCACCCUGUCAGGAGAGGAUACAGCCAACAACAGGAUUUAUUCAAAGGAACCCACAAGACACUCACUGGGACUCAGCCGCAACUCCUCAACUUCCCAGACUGUGGGGUAUGGCCUGGAAUAUCAGCAGCCAUUUUUUGAAGACCCUACGGGGGCUGGUGACCUUCUGGAUGAGGAUGAAGACGAGGAUGAGGACAAUGGGUGGAAUGGGGCCUACUUGCCAUCCACUGUGGAACAGACCCGCUCCUCAGGGGUCGCCACCAGCACGUCACCUUGCAGCACAUAUGUCUCCUUUUUCUCCACUCCAUCGGAGCUGGUGGGGCCCGAGACCCUGCCUCCGUGGACACUGAGCAACUCUGACUCUCACACCUCUCCAGCGGGGAGCCCCAGUGCAGACUUUGUAGCUCACGGAGAGUCUCUGGGGGACAGGCAUCUCCGGACACUGCAGAUAAGCUAUGAAGCACUGAAAGAUGAAAAUUCUAAGCUGAGAAGAAAGCUCACUGAGGUGCAGAGCUUCUCUGAGACUCAAACAGAAAUGGUGAGGACACUAGAGCGGAAGCUGGAGGCCAAGAUGAUCAAGGAGGAAAGCGACUACCAUGAUCUGGAGUCAGUAGUCCAGCAGAAACGGGCUGUGAAGGCAGAAAAUCAUGUCAUGAAGCUGAAGCAGGAGAUCAACUUGCUACAGGCACAGGUCUCGAACUUCAAGCGUGAGAAUGAAGCCCUGCGGUCCGGCCAGGGCGCCAGCCUGACGGUGGUAAAGCAGAACACCGACGUGGCCUUGCAGAACCUCCGUGUCGUCAUGAAUAAUGCCCACGCCUCAAUAAAGCAGCUGAUUUCUGGAGCUGAAACAUUGAAUCUUGUAGCUGAAAUCCUUAAAUCUAUAGACAGAAUUUCUGAAAUUAAAGAUGAAGAGGAGGAGUCUUGAUAGCACUGAGGUGCUUCCAGGUUGCAGCACCACUCACACUCAGACGUCCCUGUGCUCUGGAUUUGGAAGUGCCAUUGCAUCUUUAAACGUGUUGUCCUCACCCGUAGUAAAGAUAUUUAUCAUGACAUACUAAUUUCAUAACCUGACAGCACUAGCAGCUAACUGCAAGGACAAGCAGGCCACGUGUGAGAGCCACGCCUGGCUCCUCUGCAGCCCUUCUGGGUGAGCUCCCACUACUUCACAGACAGACUCUGAUGCUCUAUCGGAAGACGUUUCUAUAAAAGCCAGUGAUUUUUUGAAGUUACUAAACCUGAAAACCACAGUUUUAUAAUGUUUUCCGUUGUCAUUUUAGAAUGCUAAUUAUAAGUCAAUUGUUUGUCCUUAAUUUUGAAAGAGAGAAAGUAGGUGAGCUGUAGUCAUAGGAAGCCUCAGAAGGUCCUGGUGCCUCUGUGACCUCAUUUAGUCCCCAGCUGGCUCGGAGUCCAUCCUGUGGCCCCAUGGGUGGUGCCUGCCUUGGGAGACCUGAGCGCCACUGCCCCACAUAAGCCCCAGGUCCCACAGGCUGUCUGCUCUGUGCAGUCAUCUAAACACACCUGUGGGCCUUCAGGUUUUAAAAACUGCUUGGGCUGGAGAGUUCUGAUAUAUGUUGCCAGGGGUGGUUUAUACAAUGAAGUUUAGAAUCGAAUUUAUAGAGUGUGCAGGCCUUCCUGUGCUGGCACAAGGUCUGCCAGGGUGCCUUUCCAAAUGCUUUCCCACAUAGGGAAGUCAUAACCUACACUAUGUGCCUUCUUGGCUAUUUUUCUGUAGAUUUUUUUUUUUUUUAAUAAAUUUCCCUUUUACCUUCCUGUUCCAAUUGACAGCUUUUCUACUUAAUAAAUUAUAAAUUCUACAUAA